AUGCCGUCAUGGUCGGGUGGGAUGAGAGCAAAUGAAGACCCUGAGCAGGUGAAGGAGGGGAUCCAAGAAGGAUUCCUAGACAUUGAUCGACAAAUGCACAAAAUGGCUCGCCAGGACAACUGGGACCGAAGUGGCUCCACCGCGGCAGCCGUCAUCGUUUCACCGCGCUACAUUUACUUUAUCAACUGUGGGGACUCGCGCACACUGCUCUGCCAUGACAGCAAGGUGGUCUUCUACACAGAGGACCACAAGCCGUUCAACCCCAGGGAAAAGGAGAGGAUCCAGAACGCCGGAGGCUCGGUGACCCUGCAGAGGAUCAACGGCUCACUGGCCGUUUCCAGAGCGCUGGGAGACUUUGACUUCAAGGAGGUGGACUGGAGGCCGCAGACGGAGCAGCUUGUGUCCCCGGAGCCGGAGGUGUAUGAGAUGGUGAGGACGCCUGAAGACGAGUUCCUGAUUCUAGCCUGCGACGGUGUGUGGGACGCCAUUGGGAAUGAGGAACUGAGCGCGUUUGUGCGCAACCGUCUGCAGGUGUGCGACGACCUGAGAGACAUCUGUGCACAAGUCAUUGACCUGUGCCUGUAUAAGGGCAGCCUGGACAACAUCAGCGUCAUCAUCGUGUGCUUCCCCAGCGCCCCCCAGGUGUCACAGGAGGCGCUGCAGCAGGAGGCAGAGCUGGAGCAACACAUUGAUAUGAAAGUGGGAGAAAUUAUCCAGACGAUGAGGUCCAAAGAUGAGGACCCCGACAUUCUGUAUGUCAUUAAAUUCCUGGCAGAGGAGGAGAUCCCGGGGCUUCCACCGGGAGGAGGCAUCACCAGCAAGCGAGACUGCAUCAUAUCUGCGUAUCAGAAACACAUCUCGGCCCCACAGACUCAGGAGCCCAUGGACAUCGGAGGAUCAGAGGAGGACUAAAAACUAAACGUGGAAACAAAAUCAACACCGGCAUCAUCGUCUCCAUGGCGACAGAGAA